AUGGCUUUCCACGCAAGUGGGCUGCCGAGCAUCGCAGCAGCGACCUCGGACCUCUGGCCAUCUAUCGCGAACACUCUGACGAUUCCCUGGAGAGGCUUAACAUCUGUCUCUCCAGCUGCGCCAGUUUCCAAGUCCCGACCAAGCCAUGCUGUAGCCGCACGCCGCACCCAGCCGCCGACAUCGUUCAACCCGAGCACAACCGACCAAGUCUCCCAUCGUGCCGAGUCGGAUGUGGCGAGGAGAACAAGCACCGAGCUUCCAGACUUUCUGUGCGACGCAGUGCUGCCACAGCAUUCUCUUGGCCGCGGCCUGGAAAGAGCUUCACCCAUCAACAUCUUCACGGAAGUUUCCAACAUGUCCUCUCGGUCCCUCGCCAUGGCGAAUCCCCUCAUCCGCCGCUCCUACGCGACCCUCAUGACUCGUCCCCUGACUGCGUUUCCCGGUUUUCGCUCCAUGAGCACAUACCAGCCAAGCCGCAUGCAACGGUAUACGUGGAUCAAGAUUCAAAACCCCUCUCGGAUCAUUCAAACCCGGAACUUCGGCAUGGAUAGCGUAUCCCGCGAUCUUUUGGCCAACCGUGAGGCUGCUGCCAACCGGAAUCCCAACAGUGCCACGGCUCAAAAUUCUUUCUACCAGCUUCUUCUCAAGGCGAAAAUGCCGGCGAUUGUCGUCGAACGGUAUCAGUCUGGACGGUUUGCCACUAACGAAGCUUGCGAUGAUGCUUACCGCAGAGCCCUGGCCAUGAUCAACGGUACGACAGGCGUUACCGCCGACUCGGCUCCCCACCCUUCUGGCCUCAGCCCGACGGGACUGCAGGCAGUUGGACAGGCUGUCGCCGCCCAUCAUUCCGGUGGCAAUAUGGCGUUCUCGAACGGAGGAGGUACCGGCUCCAAGAACGGCCCCCUUCACGUUAUCGUCGACGAGACAUUCGGUACUGCAGCUCUCCGGUGGAUCAAGUUUCUUCUCUGGUUCGGUCUCUGCGCCUAUCUCAGCUUGGCUAUUGUGACUAUGGUUGUUGAAGGAAUGACUACCUUCAAACGGCCGGGCGCCAAGGAUCCUAACGAAGCCAAACCCGAAAAUCAAAAGGCCCGGUUUAGCGACGUGCACGGCUGCGACGAAGCCAAGGAGGAGCUUCAGGAGCUGGUUGACUUCCUCCGGAAUCCGGAGAAGUUCAGCACGCUGGGUGGCAAGCUCCCCAAGGGCGUCCUCCUCGUUGGUCCCCCAGGCACUGGUAAGACCCUGUUGGCUCGCGCUGUUGCGGGAGAGGCUGGUGUACCCUUCUUCUUCAUGUCUGGUAGCGAGUUCGACGAGAUUUAUGUUGGCGUCGGUGCCAAGCGCGUCCGGGAAUUGUUCAACGCGGCAAAAGCCAAGGCUCCCUCGAUCGUCUUCAUCGACGAGCUCGACGCAAUCGGCGGCAGGCGCAACUCGCGUGACGCCACCUAUGUUCGCCAGACUCUGAACCAGCUGCUUACCGAGAUGGAUGGUUUCUCUCAGAACAGCGGCGUCAUCGUUCUGGCUGCUACCAACUUCCCGGCAUCGCUCGACAAGGCACUCACGCGUCCCGGCCGUUUCGACCGACAUGUUGUUGUUUCUCUGCCUGAUAUUCGCGGUCGCAUUGCCAUCCUCAAGCACCACGCCAAGAAGAUCAAGAUGGGCGAUGACGUCGACAUUGAGGCCAUCGCCGCCCGCACUCCCGGUCUUUCCGGCGCCGAGCUGGAGAAUAUUGUCAACCAGGCCGCAGUCCGCGCCAGCAAGCUCAAGGCCAAGUCGGUUUUACAGACGCACUUUGAAUGGGCCAAAGACAAGGUCAUCAUGGGUGCCGAGAAGAGGAGUAUGGUCAUAACGCCCAAGGAGAAGGAGAUGACGGCUUACCACGAAGCCGGCCACGCCCUGGUUGCUUACUUCUCUGGUGACCAGUCAGGUUCGCUCUACAAAGUGACUAUCCUUCCGCGUGGCCAAAGUCUUGGCCACACGGCCUACCUCCCGGAGAUGGACAAGUAUUCCUACACCAUCAGGGACUACCUGGGCAUGAUUGACCGCGCCAUGGGCGGCAAGGUCGCCGAGGAGAUCGUCUAUGGUCAUGAGCUUGUGACGAGCGGCGUCAGUGCUGAUCUCGACUCGGCUACCCGUACCGCCUGGCAGAUGGUAGCUCAGCUCGGCAUGUCCGAGCGCCUUGGGCCUGUCGAAUAUCUCACGAAAUACAACCAGUUGAGCUCCGAAACACGUGCCAUGGUUGAAUCCGAGGUCAAGAGGGUGCUCGACGAGUCGUAUGAGCGCGCCCGCAAGCUGCUUUUGUCCAAGAGGAAGGAGCUUGAUCUCCUGGCCAAGGCCCUGGUAGAUUACGAGACGCUUGACCGCUUCGAGGUGGAGAAGGUCCUGCGCGGUGAGAAGCUGGAUCGUAUCGCCGUCCCUCCUGGGCCGAUAUCCGUGCCCAAGCCGGUCCAGUCGAUCGAGCCCGGCAUCCCGAUACGACCCUUGUCUGGCGACGGUGCUGGCGCGGGCAGCGAGGGUACAGGCGCAGGGCGUCCCCCACCACCCGCACCGCCACCGCCAGCUCCCAAAGAGCUACCUGGGCCGAAUGCGGCUUAG